UUGAAAGGAUGCAGGGAAGAUGGCGAUGAAUGUAAAGAACAGAGAUGCUUUUUAUUCAGGUGCUGACUAUUGCAAUAUCUACAGCUCUCAGCCUGUAAACUAUGGAGAUUGCAGCCAUUAUUUCCCUCGGAUGACAGGUCCAGACCCGAUUCUGAAGCCUCCUAUUAGUUUGAUGUGUCAGCAGCCACCUCAGCCCUUCCAGGCCAUGACCCCGACUCAGAACCUCAGACCUCCACCAGUGAUGAUGCCUGACCCCUUGCCAUUCCCACACUGCACUCCAUUAACCGUAAAGCCACCCCCUCAUCUCCAGUUGCCCACCAACGCACCCAUCCCAGCACCUCCUGUCAUCAGCCCAAAGCCCCCCGAGGAAGACACUCAGGCUGUGUCCACUGACCAGGAAGCCACUCUGGAAGAGCUUUGCAAACCUUUGUACUGUAAGCUUUGCAAUGUCACUCUCAACUCUGCUCAACAGGCUCAGGCACAUUAUCAGGGGAAAAACCACAGUAAGAAGCUGCGCAAUUUUUAUGCCGGUAGCCAGCAGCCUCCUCCCAUUACAAUUCCAGAAGUAGUAGAGCCUGUUUCCCAGCAACCCUCAGCCACUCCACCCACAGAUUCUGCUAAUGCGACUGCCAACCAGCUACUCACUAAGGGUGCCAGCAGAGUAAUACUGGCCACGGAAAACGACUACUGCAAGCUGUGCGAUGCCUCCUUCAGCUCCCCCGCCGUGGCCCAGGCACACUAUCAGGGCAAAAACCACGCCAAAAGACUGCGUCUGGCCGAGGCGCAGCAGAACGCCACGUCCUCAGACCUGUCGGACACUCAGAGACGGCCACGGAAAGAAGGGUAUGAGUAUCGAUUAAUGAAGAACCGCAGGACUCAGUUUAACACUGCCAUGCCAGGCCCUUACUACAACCCACGGCCGAGGCAGCGUAUCCCACGAGACCUUGCCAUGUGCGUCACACCCAGUGGCCAGUUCUACUGCUCCAUGUGUAACUCGGGUGCAAGCGAGGAGGCCGAAUUUCGUCUACACCUGGAGAGCAAACAGCACAAAAGCAGAGUGUCAGAGCAGCGCUACCGCAGUGAGAUGGAGAACCUGGGAUACACUUAAGAAGAUGAGGGAUUCAGAGGAAAUAACCUUGCCAUUUUGCAAGUAGCCACUUUUGUUUUAAAAUGGAAGAUGUUUUUGUUUCUUUAUGUGAUUAAUAUGUUAUUCCAUAAGCAGUUUAUGAGCUAUUAUUCACACACAUUGCAAAGCAAAGUUUCUUUUGUGCCAGAAUAAGAGGCCAUUUGUGAGAGGUUUAUUUAAUAUGUUGAAGUCAAAAUUAUUAGUCCUCCUGUGAAUUUUUUCUUUUUCAAAUAUUUCCUAAAUGGGGCGUCACGGUGGCGCAUUGGGUAGCAUGAUCGCCUCACAACAAGAAGGUCGCUGGUUCGAGCAUCGGCUGGGUCAGUUGGCAUAUCUGUGUGGAGUUUGCACGGUCUUCUCGUGUUCGUGUGGGUUUUCCUUCGGGUGCUACCCCCACAGUCCAGAGAAAUGCGGUAUAGGUGAAUUGAAUAAGCUAAAUUGGCCAUAUUGUAUGUGUGUGAAUGCAAUAUGUAUGUAUGGGUGUUUCCCAGUGUUGGGUUGUGGCUGGAAGGGCAUUCACUGCGUAAAACAUAUGCUGGAUAAGUUGGCGGUUCAUUCUGCUGUGGCAACCCCUGAUUAAUAAAGCGACUGAGCCGAAAAGAAAAUGAAUGAACGAUAUUUCCCAAAUGAUGUUUAAUAAAGCAAAGAAUUUUUUACAGCAUGUCUGAUAAUAUUUUUUCUUCUCGUGAAAGUCUUAUUUGUUUUAUUUUAGGUAGAAUAAAAGCUGUUUUUUUUACCAGUUUAAGGUCAAUAUUAUUAGCCCCCUUAAGCAAUAUUUGUUUUCGAUUGUCUUCGGAACGAACCACCGUAAUGCAAUGACUUGCCUAAUUACCCUAACUUGCCUAGAUAACCUAAUUAAGCCUUUAAAUUGCACUUUAGGCUAAAUACUAGUAUCUAAUAAUUCUGACUUCAACUGCAUAUUUAGGAAGUAAUUGUGUAUAUAAUUAGCGUUAAAGUAGUAAAUUCUUAUCCUAGAUCGCCUUAUGAGCAGGUACAUCAAUAUCAGUCUUGUUUACUGCACUGUCUUGGAUUAACUACAUUCAGUUUUUAUAAAUAAUGUUUUUUUUUGUUGUUGUUUACAAUGAUUCAAAUGAAUCUUGAAGAGGUAGUAAGUAUAUACACAUUUUAGUUUUUUUUCCAAAACUAUAUUCUGUGUGCAAUGUAUCCUUCAGAAAGGGACAAAUCUAGCAGCAGUCAUUUACCUAGACAAACAAAAGUGGCAAUCCUACUCACCCUGAGCCGCAGAUUCACUGUGUUUCUUCAGGAGCUCCAGAAUGAACACCGCCGAUCCUCACAUCAAAAUAAGAGAGUAAAUGCAGCGGCUCUCCAGCGUUCCUGCUGAAUGUACUGUGAAAGCGAUGACAAUAGAUCAACCUGUUUACUUCGAUGUACCUGGAAAUGUUCAUUCUGAUAAACAUCAUUUUGGGCCAUAUAUGCAGUAUUGUUAACUAGCAUGCAUUUAUUUGGGAGAUUGUUGUUUAGUUUUAUUUUUGCAUUAUCCAAAGGGAAUCUCUCCAUGGAUUAAAGGGAGAAAUGGAAAACAUGGUUAUUUUUAAUAAGGCUGUACCGCCUGUGUUCCCCUACCUCACAACUAUCUUUUUUUUUGAAAGACUUAUUUUUGCCUUUGUUAAGUAAAUAGGACCGUGUUAUAGACAGGAAGUGAAGUGGGAGAGAGAGAAAGGGGGUAUGGACGGGAAAUGUACUCAAGUCAGGAUUCGAACUCGGGAUGCCCUUAAGUGCUACUGCACCAUAUGUCAGCGCGCUAACCACUAGGCUAUUGCACUGACACCUCCUCACAUCUAUCUGAUUUAGAGUAGUUUUGAAGCUAAUCUGAGGCCCUGUUUUACCUGGUAUUAUCAUAUAUUUUCAGUGAUAGAUCACAAAUGAUAAUGCCAAUGCAUUACCGUUUUUCACCUACUAAUACAGGGGAGUCCAAACUCGGUCCUGGAGGGCCGGUGUCCUGCAAAGUUUAGCUCCAACUUCUUUCAACACGCCUCCCUGGAAGUUUCUAGUAUACCUAGAAAGACCUUGAUUAGCUGGUUCAGGUGUGUUUAAUUGGGGUUGUAACUAAAGUAUGCAGGACACUGGCCCUGCAGGACCGAGUUUGGACACCCCUGUGCUAAUAACACUUAAUUAAAGGGUUAGUUCACGCAAAUAUAUAAGAUUGAUGAAAUUGCUAUUUAAUAUCAGUUGUAUACAGGGAAUGAGAAAAAUAAUCAUUGAACCUGUUAUUUUUAGAUGAGUACAAAUUAUAAACUAUAUAAAAACGUACUGAGAAAUAUAUGAUCUUUAAAUGAAUAGUGCACUUAAAAAUGAAACAUUGCUGAAAUAUAUUCACCUUCAGGCAAUUCUAGAUUUAUAUUACCCAAAUGUGUCUAAAUCAACUCAUCUCUAACUAGUAAAAACCAUAAAUGCUUGGUAAAUAUUCCGUUUUUUGGGAAAAGCAGGAGCUUUUAACAAUUUAAGAUGUUUUUUUUUUUGUUCAUGGAUGCAUGAUUUUGCACAUAAACAUCCCUUACCCCCUAUUUUAUCACUUAAAAUGCUAUAAAUAUUUUAUCAAAGAUAUGUACUAUAUUAUAAACCGAAAAGAUGACCCAGUUUUAUCCUCACUGUUUUUUCUUUGCUCUCAAUCCUUUCUUAAAUAAGGUAUUUAUGUAAUAUUUCAGAGUUGCUGUCACUGUUUGCAGAGAUGCUGUUUGCUAUUGUAGUUCUUCUCUGAUUUAGUAUUAGUUCUGCAUGAGAUUAUUGCUGCUUGUAUAUAUAAAAUGACAACUGCUCUGCAAGAAAAGGACCAGAACUGAAUCGCACUUGAUAAGAAAUGAAAAAGACAAUGUUGUGCUACAUGCUAUAUAUAUGAUUACGCAGACGUCAACGUUCAUUCAAAUCAAAUGUUUACAGUGAGAAUCAUCACGGGGGACUUUUGGGACAGUUUGUGGGACUAAUGGACAUCUUAAAUGUGCCUCGGAGUAUAAAGCCUACUCAACUGUGAUGCUCGAGAUUUCACGUUGUUCUGCUUUAAAUAUGUUUCCAGUAGGAGUUUUGCAUAUUCAAAUACUGACCAUUUAUGUCAAGCUCUUUUUAUAUAAAUGGCUAG